GUCGCCGUGAAACAUCGUACUUGUAAAAAUAUUUUCAUAACACGAUGAGCACCAUCUACAUGAUAAGUAACUUCUCCAUGGUUAAUGACCUCUCUUUGGCGAACGUCUCGUAUCGUCGUCAAAACGACAAAAGGAACCGUAUUCAUAGUCCUCAGCUUAACGCCUUUGAUCAUCUUCACUUGACACCAUUCCCGAAUUUAUAUGGAGAACAGAACCUUAGCGAUGUAAUUCCGGCACAUUUGUCAAAACGACUACACGCUUUACCUCGCCUAACCAUGCAUUUAAAAGAUACAGACAAUAAUCUUAAAUGUAAAGAAAACCCGAAAUUUUUGGAUCUUGUCUUUGCUGACAAAUUACUACCAUACUUUGCUGUCGGUGUUGGCGGUGGUAUCCUCUUGUCUAUCUUGUUGGCGGGGUUCUUGUUCCGCAUGUUUCGCGCUAGUGACCCCAGCACCAUAUGCCCAGAAGAAAACCGUAGAACGCCUAGAAUGCGCUGUUACUCGAUGAUGAUGUUGAUUUUCACCCUAACUUGCAUAUUUCUGUGUAUAUGUGGGUUUUUCAGUGUGAAUUUACAAGUCAAUCGAGUUUACCAUUUGAUUGAAACCUCAGACGGAUUCUUAAAUAACAUAAAUGAGACUUUUGAUAAAUAUAGUAAAGAUACACUAUCUCGGUAUAGAAAACCAAGUUUUUCGUAUCAUGAAAGACGACUGGUUCGAGAAAUCGAUAAUAUAACUAAAGCAAUGGAGAACAACUUUGAAAAUAAAUACAGAGCAUUUAUUAAAAAAGUGCAACAAGUCACGAAGGAAUCGGAACCUGGACUUCGAGACCUUAUUGAGAGUAUGUGGAAUGCAGAUAUAAUAAUUACUGCCUUACAAGUUGUGCUCUGGUUGAGUCUCCUUAUUGUACCAUCUCUAUUAUUAUUAACCGUGAAGAAUAUUUCAACACGUUGUCUUAGAGGAGUAAUCAUAUUGUUUAAACUACCAACAUUUUUAGCAAUUUUAGUUGCUUGGGCGCUAUUAGGAGUUUUUUUCGUCAUGGCUGUGACAGUUUCCGACCUUUGUUUUACUAACGACACUCUUAAUGGAAUAACUAACAUUACUAACACAAUUCUAUCGGAAACUACUAAGAAAGCUGUAGAACUUUUCCAACAUUGUGACAGUAUUGGGAAUAUAAAUACAAAUUAUCGUUGGAAAAAUGAAUGGAAUACUCUAUCCAAUGCUAUUGUAAAUGCUUACAAUAUAAUUACUAUAUUUCAGAAAACUAAUAAUUAUUACUGGGGCUAUAACAAAACUUUUAUCGGCAUACGACGUAAAAUAGGAGAUUGUAAAUAUUUGAUGGAACAGUUCAAUCGAACGUGGCAGGACUAUAAUUAUACAAUAUUGAAAUACUGUAAAGAAACGACCAGAGACUACAGUGAAAAUUUACAUGACGCGAUUCAAACGCGUUGCAUUCGCAACGAGUAA